GAAUGUGACACAUGUCGGGGGCAAUAUAAAUGAAGCAGAACGCACAGAAUGAGCACGUUCCAGGCGACGGUGGCUUCUCUCCCCCAUCAGAAUGAAGGGAAUUCUCGUUUUCUUUGCUUUCCUUGUGGCAGGUAACUGCCGGCAGCUCUUUGUAGGAGACCAGGUUCUGAGGGUCGCCGUGGAAACAGAGGACCAGCUUCGCCUUCUGGCCUCCCUGGAGGAAGAUGAGAUCUUGCAGCUCGACUUCUGGCUUCACCCCGUCUCCUCUGAUCUUCCGGUGGACAUCCGAGUGCCUUUCGCCAGCCUGCAAACUGUCAAAGUUUUCCUGGAAUCAAACGACAUCCCGUACACUGUCAUGAUCAAAGACGUGCAGGAUCUUUUGGACGAGGAGGAGGCCGAGAUGGAGGCGGACAGCGUGCGGGAGCGCGGCUCCAAGAGCUUCAACUUCGCGGCCUACCACACUCUGGAGACAAUUUACCAGUGGAUGGACACCCUGGUUGCUGACCACCCCAGCCUGGUCACCAAACUACAGAUCGGUUCCUCUUAUGAGAACCGCCCCAUGUAUGUUCUCAAGUUCAGUACCGGUGGUGACAAUCGUCCAGCUAUCUGGAUCGACGCUGGGAUCCACUCCAGAGAGUGGGUCUCUCAGGCCACUGGGGUGUGGACUGCCAACAAGAUUGCCACGGACUAUGGUCGGGACACGUCCCUCACGUCACUCCUGAACAAAAUGGACGUCUUCCUGAUGAUCGUGACCAACCCUGACGGCUACGUCUUCACCCACACCAGUAACCGCAUGUGGCGCAAGACCCGGUCCAGGCUGCCCGGGACCACAUGCGUGGGCGUGGACCCCAACAGGAACUGGGACGCCGGCUUCGGUGGCCCCGGGGCCAGCCGGAACCCCUGCUCCGACUCCUACCACGGCCCCUCCCCCCACUCGGAGGUGGAGGUGGAGAACGUGGUGAACUUCGUCCAGAGCCACGGCAACUUCAAGUCCUUCAUCUCCAUCCACGCCUACUCCCAGCUCCUCAUGUACCCCUACGGGUACUCCUGCAACGACGUCCCCGACGCCCCCGAACUGGAUUCGGUCGGCAGGUCGGCUGUCAAGGCUCUCAGUGCCCUCUUUGGAACCAGCUACAAGGUGGGGAGCAUCUGCAAGAUCAUCUAUCAAGCGAGCGGGGGCAGCAUUGAUUGGUCCUACAACCUUGGCAUCAAGUACUCCUUCGCUUUCGAACUCCGUGACACGGGUCGCUAUGGUUUCCUGUUGCCAGCCAAUCAGAUUGUCCCCACCGCCUCCGAGACCUGGCUGGCCCUGAAGAACAUCAUGGAGUAUGUUCGUGAUCACCCUUACUGAGCGUGACCCCCACCGCGUGAAUCUCCACCUGCACAGUACUUACACACUCUCUGAAUAAAAUCUUGGAGGAAGAAUGA